AAAAACGUCAAAGUGGCUCCCAGAGCAGACCCAGACUUGGCUCUGAAAUCGUAAUGUGAGCUGUCUUGUCUUUUCUCAGCUUAAAAUAGAGGAAACAAUUAUCUAGUGCCAGUUUAUAGUGAAUAUAACAUAAAAUUGUGAGCUGAUUAGUUCUAGAAAAAAUAAUGACACAAAUUACUCAAGAAGAAAUUGUUUCGAAUACAAAAACCGUGCUACAAGGACUUGAAGCAUUAAGAGUAGAGCAUCUUUCGUUGAUCUCCAAUCUUACAGAUGGUAAUAAAAAGGACCCACAUAAAUCUGAAAUGGUAUUAAGGAAUAUCGAUAACAUUGAACUUGGAUUGGGCGAAGCACAGGUCAUUGUAGUUUUGGCAUCACAUUUGCAGAACAUUGAAGCAGAAAAACAAAAACUGCGCACCCAAGUUAGACGCUUAUGUCAAGAGAAUGCCUGGUUGCGAGACGAACUAGCAAACACACAACAAAAACUUCAAGCUUCAGAACAAACAGUAGCUCAGCUUGAAGAAGAGAAAAAACAUCUCGAGUUUAUGGCAUCUGUCAGAAAAUUUGACGAAAAUCAGGAAGGUGACGAUAAUUUCGAAAAAGUGCGAGCGGAUCCUGUGGUCGAAUUAUUUCCAGAAGAUGAAACAGAGGAGCGAAGCAAUAUGUCUCCAACACCCCCAAGUCAAUUUGCGAAUCAUGCGAAUGCUGGAUACGAAAUUCCAGCACGACUAAGGACGUUACAUAACUUGGUUAUACAAUAUGCUUCUCAGGGACGUUAUGAAGUAGCUGUGCCUCUUUGUAAACAAGCAUUAGAAGAUUUAGAAAAAACUAGUGGUCAUGAUCACCCUGAUGUUGCUACUAUGUUAAACAUUUUGGCAUUAGUAUAUAGAGACCAGAAUAAAUAUAAAGAAGCCGCAAACCUUCUAAAUGAUGCUCUUGCGAUUAGAGAAAAGACGCUUGGCGAAAAUCACCCUGCUGUAGCAGCUACAUUGAAUAAUCUUGCUGUAUUAUAUGGAAAACGUGGCAAAUAUAAAGAUGCGGAGCCAUUAUGCAAACGUGCGUUGGAAAUAAGAGAAAAUGUUCUAGGCAAAAAUCAUCCAGAUGUUGCUAAACAACUUAACAACCUUGCUUUACUUUGUCAAAAUCAGACAAAGUACGAGGAAGUGGAAAUAUACUACCAACGAGCUUUGGAGAUUUAUGAAAUGAAACUUGGACCAGACGAUCCAAAUGUGGCUAAAACUAAAAAUAACUUGGCAAGCUGCUAUUUAAAACAAGGGAAAUAUAAGCAAGCUGAACUAUUAUACAAGCAAGUGUUGACGCGAGCCCAUGAAAGAGAAUUUGGUACAAUUAAUGGAGAAAAUAAGCCGAUUUGGCAGGUUGCUGAGGAAAGAGAAGAAAAUAAAUUGAAGAAUCGAGAGAAUACUCCAUAUGGCGAAUACGGUGGAUGGCAUAAAGCUGCUAAAGUAGAUUCACCUACUGUUACUACUACUCUUAAAAAUUUGGGUGCACUUUAUAGACGACAAGGCAAAUAUGAAGCUGCUGACACUUUAGAGGACUGUGCUUUACGUAGCAAAAAAGAAGCGUUGGAUUUAGUUAAGCAGACGAAAGUUGCAAAAAUUCUUGGAGUCUCAGAUGAAAAUCGCCGACAAAAAAUGCGGGACUGUGGAAACUACGAUGAUGAAACUCAAAGGAAUUAAAAUUAACUUUUAAAUUUAGAAAACAUUUAUACAUCUUCGCUUAGCACACAUGAUAUCAUUGUUGUUUGUACUCAUAAUAUGCUGAAUAAAAUCAAAUCUUAAAAAAAUUCAUAUAAAUGA